GUAGCAACGCGACGUUUAGAACGCAGUGCAGUUCUGGUUCGUGUUGCUCUCGGAUUAAAAGUCAUCGACGACGUAAAACAAGUGCUUGACAUACUUGUUUUCAGUUAGUAGCGAUUCCAAGCUCAGUCUAUCCACGUCACUUGUGUUGUGUUGAGGAGUCUGAUAUGCUUGAUCGGGCUUUGCAAUCGGAACAGGGUGCAUAAGCUGCAGUGAAUAUUUAAUCUGCCAGGGAUAGAAAUUAACGGCAGCAGUAUGAAGAUACACCUCUGGAUCAUCGUAGCAGUGCUGGGUAUUACCCCGACUCACCAAAAGACUUCACCGUGUCCCGCUGUGCUCUCGUACGAUGAGCAAGACGAUUCAUCCAGUACCUGGUUUGGUACGAUGCGCCUGAAGAGCAAUGUACCACUCCACGGGGUGUUUGUUGAUGUCCUUUUCUCAUCGCAAGUUUUGGAAUUCGGUACAUUCCUCAGAGGGUUCAGCACGGAGAACAACAUUGAAUUUCACAUGACGGACAAAGCGAAAAAUAUGCGCGCCGGCGAAGUGUACGUGCUGAAGAUCUUUGUCCGGUACCAACCGGACAAACCGGUACCAUCGGUAAGGCACAUUCGAUUCAACGGUCAAAGCAUUUGUACCGACGCGAAACCAGUUGCCCGAACGAAUCCAACGGUCAGACGGCCCUAUGCUACCGGUCCGACACGACAACGGACAACGACGGGAUGGAAUCAACCCAACCGCAGAUUAACCUCCGAGGAACUUGAGCCAGAUAAUCCUGACGAGUUCCCUCACGUAGUCCAACCGGUGAAUGCCUACGCCACUGUCUCGCCUCCCGUAGAACCCUCAGUAUACCAUUCCGAUUCCCCUUCCUUGCAUGAUACGGUGUCGACAAGAGCAAUCAAUGAAAAAGCUGUCGAGCCACCGAAUGCCUCCCAUCUUUACCCCACCCGUGUAGCUGUAGCAGAUGAUGCGGAGGAUCGAACACUCCCGGUAGAUACUGUUGAGCCAGCUGAACUGGACACAGGAUUGUCAAUCAGACGAUACAGUACCACAACCCGCAGUCCGAUAGCACGGGAACAAAUCUGGGAUACUACUCGCCGGCCACUCACAAGUAACCUGAAACCCCAGCCGAAUCCCAUCCAAUAUGAUCGCCUCGCUGGCAUCGCGCUGAACGCUGGGGAUGAUGCUCCAAUCGGUUACAGGACAAGCACGCCGAGACCGGUGCCGAGAACCACCACCAUCCGGCCACAGUACUUUGCGGGAGAUUAUGCGUUUCUUCGGAAAGACUCCGAUGCGGGGAGCAGCGAGUCGAAGCACUACAUCAACAACCAUCAACAGGACAUCUGCGGAACAGUUGUACCGAAAGCGAACCCACUCGUGACGCAUGGAUCGGUUUCCGAACGAGGACAGUUCCCGUGGCACGGUGCCCUGUACCGUAGCUCAGUGACCGAACUGCGGUAUCUGUGCGGUGCUACGUUGGUAUCGGCGCGGAUGACCAUCACCGCGGCACACUGCGUGACACUGGAGAAGACCAACAAGCCGGUCGAUGCCAAAAGUAUGCUACUGUUCUUUGGCAAGAUCGAACUGAGCAAGUGGAACGGGGUGGAGGAGGAUGCCCAGAUCGAAUCGGUGCACGUGCCGGCCCAGUAUAAUCACGAGCGGUUCUUUAGCGACAUUGCCGUGCUGGUGCUGAAGGAGGACGUCAAGUUCAGUAACUUCAUCCGGCCGGUGUGCCUGUGGUCGUUUGACGAUGAUUACAAGACGCUAGUCAACAAGAUUGGGUUUGUGCCGGGCUGGGGUUACACCGAGCAUGGGCUGGUCAGUUCGCGGCUCUCCUUUGCCCAGAUGCCGGUCGUGGCUCACGAAACCUGCAUCUGGUCGAAUCGGGACUUUUUCAGCCGGGUCACAUCGGACAGUUCGUUCUGUGCCGGGUUCAAAAACGGUACCUCCGUCUGCAACGGCGACAGCGGUGGCGGAAUGGUAUUCAAGCAUAAUGGGCGCUGGUAUUUGAGGGGCGUCGUUUCGGUUUCGGCAGCACUGCAGGAUCGUUUCCGCUGCGAUCCGAACCAUUACGUCGUUUUUACGGAUGUCGCAAAGUUCAACAAGUGGAUUCAAAAUCUAACGGUAACCAAAGAUUAUAAUCAUUCGAUGAAAUUUUGUCGUGCUGCUGUCUUAAAAGAUACUAAAGGUGAUUGUAAAGUCAUGUCCGUGCAUCAGUGGCCAUGGAUAGUGCAAUUGUGUGGAGUAUUUGUUCUGUUAUGCAGCCUAUUUGUUCCCUCGGGAGCAACGUUAACCACCUUUGGUCGCACAUACGCUGCUCCCCGUUUGCCUCCUGCUAGGCAAACGGAUCGUUGUAGUGAUCUGUUUACGGUCGAUCACGAGAAUACGUACGAGAAAUUUUACGAAGGAAAGCUCAAUCUGCGCCCUUCAGUUACGCUGCCCUAUAUUCAGCUCGUACUGCAGUUUGAUCGCGAAGUAGAGCUACUAACGAACUACUUCCAGAAAAGAACAGACGACUACAAGACCUUCCACAUUACCAACCUGACCCAUUCGUUCCCCCCAGGCUACAACGUACAAGUUCCGCUGUCUGUAGCCUAUGAGUCACAAAAACCUACUCUCACACGUAUCGACCUCAACGGGUUCACCAUUUGUUCUACGACUGUAAGGACACCCGGGCGCAACCUUGCCGAUCCUCGUGCUCCCCUUUUGGUCAAUCGUUCUGCGCAAAUCUGGAAAAACUCGUCAGAUGAUCGAACGCAACAGCAAUUCAACUCCACGUGCCAGGCCAUCCAGACCACAGUGGUAGUUUCGGGUGGUCGGUGGGACGCGGAGAUGAAUCUUGUGGCCGACAGCACGCUCCAUCAGGCAGUGAUUGAAAUCGUAUUCGAUCAUCCAAUUUACAUUCUAGGGAACCACUUCGGUGAAGUUACCACAGAAGACAGCAUAAGAUUUCGGAUCGAAAACCGUACCUUCAUUAUCGCGAAGGACGCCGAGAUAGAAUUGAACUUUUUUGUGCGCUUUAAUCAAGCAGGACCGGUGCCGGACGUGGUCGAGGUCAAUUUCAACGGGCGUAACCAUUGCCAACAGCGCCGUCGACGUGUUCCUAUCGAAAAUGGCGCGGACACAGUACGGCAACGUGCGACGACGUUUGCCACUAUCACAGAUCCCUUUUUUGGACGUGAAACAAUCGAUCCGAUGGCGUCAAUGGAGAGCAGGCAAGAGGAAGACGAGUGGAUACUGGAUGACACAGAAUGUGCAACGGUUGUGCCAUCGAAGGCAAAUCGCGUAAGAUCUCGUAUCAUCGGAGGCACAGAGUCAGGGCAGGGUGAACAUCCUUGGCAUGUGGCCAUCUACCUGGACGAUCAAUACCAGUGUGGUGGAAGUAUCGUGUCCAAACGAUGGAUUCUAUCGGCGGCUCACUGUCUCACGCGGCAAAACACCAACCAAACACUCGACGUGGAGCAGUUCCGUGUGUACACGGGCAUUGUCGAUAUCAGUCAGAUAGAGGAGUACUUUUAUCGUACCGUCGAAUCUGUUAUAAUCCACCGAGAGUACAAUCCAGCCAUUUUUACCACCGACAUUGGUUUGCUUCGGCUUACACAAGAUAUAGUGUACAACAGCUUCAUCAAGCCGGUAUGUUUGUACAACCGGACGGUGGACAUAAGUGGAUUCUACGGACGGGAUGGUAAGGUGACGGGUUGGGGCUUCACGCGAAACGGUGUCGUGAGCAAUGUGCUGAACUAUCUGGAGGUUCCAGUCGUAUCGCAGAAGACGUGCUCUCAGAAGAACGUCCAGUUCAAUGUGGUGCUCGCUGUGGGUGAAUCUUUCUGUGCUGGCCAUGCGGACGGUAACGCCGUCUGUAACGGCGACAGUGGUGGUGGAUUGGUGUUUGCAGAAGGAUCCCGCUACUACAUUCGCGGAAUUGUUUCUAUCAGUGCCCAGCGCCGGAAUCAGCUUCUCUGUGAUCCGAAUCAGUACUCUGUGUUCACCGAUGUCUCCAAGUUCCGUAAUUGGAUACGACAGCAGAUAUCUUAGUGCAUUUUUGGGCCAGUGAUCUU